AUGCGCGGUUCGGCUUUCACCCUGGCUUUGCUCUCGUCUCUUUUUAGCGCUACCGCAGCUGCCAACUCUGCUCCUAAAUGGCUUUAUUUCGCCACGGAAAGCAAUCUGGAUACAAUUAAAAGCCAACAAGGCAUUCAACAAGGUGCCAUAUUUUCGGCGGACUGGGGUACUCUCGACACCAAGUUUCAGGGGAGGCAAAACGGCUUCAUAUAUUAUGUUCGCACGGAAGGGAUCGAAACACGUUUUGCCAUCAAAAGUUCAAGCAAGAAGCAGUGGAAAUCGAUCGAACCAAUCCCUUACGGCAACCUAAUCUCAUACGAUGCGUACUGGUCUCGUGGUCAUCAACAUGGUCAUUAUCAAAUCCAAUAG